AGAGGGGCGUCGACUGCGCGCGCACGCGACACAUUCACCAGACCCAUUCAUCCGAGCCUUCCAGAGACAGAUGAAAAAGAGCAGCUCCAGGUGAAGACGAUGCGUAACCACCCCAACAUGAGCCGUGAACCCACGGUGGGUAACUGGACCGCCGUGAGGACGGACGCGGGGUUCGAGGGUCCGGCGCUCGCGCUGCUCACGGUCAUGAUGGUCGUCCUGAUCGCCGUGAUCGUGUGCGGAAACGCGCUGGUCAUCGUCGCCUUCAAGAUGGACAAGAGUUUGCGCAAACAGAGCAAUUAUUUCCUGCUAAACCUGGCCAUCUCAGACUUUCUCGUGGGUGCCUUCUGCAUACCCGUGUAUAUGCCCUACAUCUUGACGGGGAAAUGGAUGCUGGGUAAAGGACUUUGCAAGCUGUGGCUGGUCGUGGAUUAUCUUCUCUGCACUGCGUCUGUCUUCAACAUCGUACUUAUCAGCUACGACCGCUAUCUCUCCGUUACACAAGCGGUGUCGUACCGUGCCAAACAAGGAAUGACCCACUUUGCUGUGGUAAAGAUAGCAGCGGUUUGGAUUCUGGCCUUCCUCCUCUAUGGACCAGCCAUCUUAUUCUGGGAGCAGUUGACAGGCAAGAGCCGCGUGCCAGACGACGAGUGCUUCGCCGAGUUCUACUACACCUGGUACUUCCUGCUUUCCGCUUCAGUGGUCGAGUUUUUCUCACCAUUUUUAUCCGUGGCGUUCUUUAACAUCAGCAUAUACCUCAGCAUCCGUCAGAGGAGACUCGGCAGCAAGAAAGAAUCCUGUUCUCCAAAGUGCCAGGAUGCUACAAAUGUUUAUGGGGAGAAAGCGGGCAUGAGCGUCCGAAUCUGCUGGAACUCGAUGACGCUCAAGAAGAAAAGCGCGGCAGAUGGCGAGAAGCGCUCCGAGAACGACGGUCUGUCGAUGCGGUGCGUUCAGCGCUCACGUCUGAGGCAGGACAAGAAGAUCGCGAAGUCUCUGGCCAUAAUCGUGUGUGUUUUCGCGGUGUGCUGGGCACCGUACACUCUGUUGAUGAUCGUGCGAGCGGCAUGCAGAGGCGACUGCGUGUCGCAUCACUGGUAUGAGGUGACGUUCUGGCUGCUGUGGCUGAACUCAGCGAUCAACCCGUUCCUUUACCCACUGUGCCACAGCAGCUUCCGAAGGGCCUUCUUCAAGAUCCUGUGCCCACGACAGAGGUCCAACAUACCUCUAACAGCCCAUUCAUCCAGCACACAUAGAUAGUCUGAGUGAUCAGACAUGUGCUGAAACGGCAUGUACAAAGAGGAUUUAAGUGCCUAUGUGUGGAAAGGAAUGUUCAAGGUUCAAUACAAGUCUGUCGACUGCAUUUGUGGCAUAAGCGGUGUUUACACAGCUCCAGUUUUAAUUUAAAAUGCAUUUUCGUUGUUCGCUUACAGAAAAUGCAAACUUAUGAAAACAUGUGCAUGUUCUGUCUGUCUAAAGGCCAGGACAUGACAACUCCAAAGGACUAGGGUCAACCAAUAGUGUUUCUAGGGAUUCUGAGGAUUCCCAUUGCAACGAAUUUGCUUUGUGGUUUCUUCAAAUUUAUAUUUAGUGGAUGGAGAGAGAUAGCGAUAGUGACAGCCUCUGGGUCCCGUGCACUUUGUCCCCCGUUUUCCUGCCAGUUUCUAAUGUGAUGAGAAAAGCCAGAAAAGAGAGUUUGGCGAAAGAACCCUAAUCAAAUCGAAUGCACAUAACCCUGUACAUUACUCUUGAAAUGACUCAUUUUAUCUUGAAACAUAACUGUAUUUUUCGAAAGUUAAUCUCAACAUUGUUUCUAAAUUUUGAGUUAAAUCUUGCAUAAUAACUUUAAUCUCUGGAUGAUUUUAUUAUUUAUUAUUAUUAUUGCUUGGCUGCUUUCGUAGUCCAGGCCUUAAACUACAAAAAGGUGAAUUUGUGAAAACCAUGUCAUGCGCACUACAUGUUCAGUUUAUAGAAAUGCCUAUACAGUAGGUACAGAAAGUAUUCAGACCCCCUUAAAAUUCUUUGUUAUAUUGCUGAAAUAUCACAUGGUCCUAAGUAUUCAGACUCUUUGCACAGUGUUUAGCAGAAGCACCCUUUUGAUCUAAUACCGCCAUGAAUCUUUUUGGUAAAGAAGCAAUGAGUUUUUCACACCUGGAUUUAGAGAUCCUCUGCCAUUCCUCCUCUCCAGUUCUGUCAGGUUGGAUGGUAAACGUUGGUAGAACGUUGGCCAUUCAAGAACAGUCACAGAGUUGUUGUGAAGCCACUUCUUAGAGUCAUUGUCUUGUUGGAAGCCAGUCUGAGGUCCUAAGCACUCUGAAGACGGUUUUCGUUCAGGACAUCACUGUACUUGGCCACAUUCAUCUUUCCCUCGAUUGCAACCAGUCAUCCUGUCCCAGAAAUUUUUUUGUAACUUUGGCCAAAUCUGUGCCUUGCCACAGUGCUGUCUCUGAGCUCUUCGUACAGUUCCUUUGACCUCAUGAUUCUCAUUUGCUCUGUCAUGGACUGUGAGCUGCAAGGUCUUAUAUAGACAGGUGUGUGGCUUUCCUAAUCAAGUCCAAUCAGUGUAAUCAAACACAGCUGGACUCAAAUGAAGGUGUAGAACCAUCUCAAGCACCUGAGUUUAAUAUAUGAGUGUCACAACAAAGUGUCUGAAUACGUGUGAUAUUAAAAUUUUUCUUUUUAAAUAAAAAUGUUAACAAUUCUGUGUUUUUUUUUGUCAAUAUGGGGUGCUGUGUGUACAUUAAUGAGGAAAAAAGAAUGAACUUAAAUGAUUUUAGCAAAAGGCUGCAAUAUAACAAAGAGUGAAAAAUGUAAGGGGGUCUGAAUACUUUCUGUACCCACUGUAUGUGUUUCAUAGGUGUUUCUUCACAAAGUGACACUGCCAACUACUGAAAUGGCAUGCGUAAUGCAAUGUUUUUAUUUGUUCUCGCAGAUCCUUGUAAAUUACAUUAUUAUCUGUACAUGAAGCAUUUUAAAAACAAAACAAAAAAAAAAAAAUCCCAUUUUUUAGUACAAUUGUUGCAAUGUAAACCUAUCACAUACCCUAAGAAAAAAUUCUAAUAGGUUAAAACAACUGUCAGUAGUUACUAAUGAUACACAGUAAAACAUUUGCAAUGACAAGGACAACUAUUUUUGCUGACGCUGCUGCAUAUGCGCUGAACUCAGGAAACUUGUAUACAAUCUUUCAUAUUUUGACACUGACACUGUAUGACUUAGUAAAUCUUAAAACUUCGUCACAUAUACCUUAGACUACAAAGAAGUUAUGGAUGGUGUCAGCAUGCUAACUAAUUAUGCACAUGGUGAUUGGCUGAUAGGGGUCUCUGUCAGAGAUUUAUUCACAGAAAUAUUACAGCACAAUAUUAUGUUGCCAUAUUCAAACAUAGAUUUAACAAUAAAAACGAGGAUAUAAUCAAAAGGAAGAUUUGGAGUUGUUCACAAUGUUCACAUUAUCGUGAAAUGUUUCUCACCGAUAUGAGCUACUGUUAGCCCUAAGAUGUUUUGUGAAUGUGGACCCCAGUCUUUAACAGUGUUCUUAAAAUGUUGCCAAAAAAAAAUUUCCAGGUUACGUAUGUAACCAUAGUUCCCAGAGGGAAUGAGACGCUGCAUCGGAAACGCUAUGGGAACGCCUUCAGCAUGACCACUCUCUGAAUCACAUGUGUAAUCAGGACAAUGGAUGGGCGAGAAAUGGGAACGAGACGCCCACGCCACCAGAUUUACAAAUCAAUGCCUAGUGUGGAAGAGCACAGCUAGAGUGAGAGGAAGAAAUGGCGGCCAUAUUGACUAAAGUAGGCGGGGCCCGCAUCCCAAAGGCCAGCUUUUGGAAGAAGAAGAGUGGAGAUCAGAGGACUCUAGGCCCCGACCAGUACACUCUCUUCAGAACACGUCUAACCCUAACUAUAGCAUCCAGCCCCAGUGGAUCUAGAUGAGUCAGAGAGAACUGUGGACAAUGUCUCUUGAGUCGCAAACAAGUCUACCUGAGCCUGGCCUAAAACUCUCCAUAUCUGCUUCACUAACAAGGGGCCAACUCUCAAGUCCAAAAACCAAGUUUCUUCCACGUGUCUAACGCACAAAAGCAUCCCAUGCGAAGCAGAUUUCUCCUCAGGGAAAACCCUUUUGUCUUGAGCCCCCACCGUAUGGGUGUCAUGUACAGCAGGCCAAAAGGAAUCACGUUGGAUUAGACCCAAAUGUUUCUGAAACUGAUUGACAGUGACAACAUUCUUUGGACCUUCUUUGGACCGACUACCGGCUGUAGAACCCGCACUCUCUUUUGUGAAGAGGAACCACCUCGAUGGCUUCCAUUCUCAAGAGAGUGUCUACUUCUUGCGGCGGAGUGAAUAUCUUAGUUUUGUUCUACAAUGAUUGUCCACUGAGGGGAAGAGCUGAUUCCCCCGAGCUGGCACCCUGCCUCGUCAGAAACUGACUCUGCGUGCUGUGCUCUCGAGCAGACAACACACAAACUGUGUGUAUCCCCACCAGUAAUGUAGCGCGGAAAGGGGAGAACACAGAUGCUGAAAAACUAAGGUGCUGCCCACCCUAUGCUCGUCUACACUUGUACUAUGACCAUAAAGAGAGAUAAUGGACAGACAACACCAAAUAAGACUGACGCACACAGGGCACUUGCUGAAUGACAGAAAGCCGAUGCUGGUUCCACCGCACAUGCUUUUAUGCAUCCUGGUCUCUACAUGACCACUGGACCGAUUGAACAUGUGAGUCAGAGUUUGGUCACAGCACGAGUUCCUGAAGGGCAACAUUAUUUAUAGAGCAGCCAUGAAGGUUUUCCUAAAACAGUUUUUAGCUGUUUAUCUAACUUUAAUACUGCUUUCAGAUACUUAGAGGACAUUCGAAACAGAUAAUGGUCACAAAAAAAUGGAACGCUCCUUUUCGCUGACAUUCCCAUUGUCAACCAAGAAAUGUCUUCUAGAUAUUUAAAGAUCUGGACAUUUUCAGUGUUCAGAGAAAAAGGUCCUGAAAAUUAAAACCUGAACAGAAAUGGUAACGGACAUUAUACCUGCUGACUAUACAGCUUAUACUGUAUUGAACUGAGAACAUUCCUUUAAUGACGAUCAACAGAGGAUAAACGAUGAUUCAUGUUGAUAAACACAAUUACUGAUGGUUAUUGGUUACAUAGACCAGAGAUGACUGCAGCAUGUGGUUAGCUGUAGCUGUGCUAAUUUCCUGGGGCAAGCUGAAACCGUGUCUACUUGUAUGUAUAGUUUUUGUUCUGGUGCCAAGAAUUUAUACUUAAAUAAGCACUAAUGCUUUUAGUAUUUUAAUUAUGGCAGUUAUAUGUUAUAACUUCAAGUAGAGUUUGCAUUGCGUUCAUGAUAAGCUCACAUUAUACCUCAAAUUAUAUUUGUAUGUCUGUAUUUUUCUCUUGUUUCCCUCAGUGAAAAACCGCUUUAAAGAUAAAUGCGCAAUGAUUUUAUUUUGCAACACAUUCUUAUCAGAAAAGCGUGCCUGCGUGUGGCCACAUUUUUUGCAAAAUGAUAUUAUGCUGCUUCUUGCACAAAGUGAAAUGUGCAGUGAAUGAAGCUAAAAGCUAAUUACAUUUUCUAAAGAAUAGAUAAAGGUUUCAUUUUGUUGGUUGUUGUAUAAUGGCGGUUCGGAAAUUAAAUGUCAGGUGAGUAGUGCUAAAACUUUAAUGCUCUCAAGUUUGGAAAUAACGUACAAUCUAAACUAAUAAUCUUAACAAAAAAUUAAUGUGUGAUACAAGCUCAUAUGCUUAAGCAAUCUUUUCUUGUGACUUGUGCUUAUGCUUUAUUCAAGUGCGAGGCUACCAGGUGCGCUACAGAGCAAGUUUACUUAAUUAGACGUAGAAGCCAAGCUGGUUAUGUGACGUAAACAUAAAUAUGUAUUCUUUUAUAAAUCAUGAUUCCUGAACUAUGUUAAAAGUGUUUUAACCAGAUGUGUUUUGUUAACAGACAGUCUUGUAGUGUGUUAAUUCAGCAUUGCAGAUACAGAUAUACAUACAUGCAUAUAACUUGUGUUACAGACGCAUAGUAAAGUUAUGUGAAAACCAACUAUCACAGUUCAGGAAAAGGAAUACAGUUUGAUGGUUUAUUGCCCCUGGUGUUCAUUUCAACCAAGAACUGCAAUUAAUUAUACUGUAUGUGUGUUUAUUGGAGUUUUGCAAAAACACGAUUUUCGAGUGAUUUUCCUAGGUUGUGUUUCUUAUCAUAUAGACAGAUCUGUGCUAUAGACUGAAACAACAUGAGGUAUAACUUAAGUUAGAUACAGUCUUGAAUUUUUAUGCCAAGUAGAACGUGUUUGAUACAGCUUUAAGUGGCCUAUAAGACCAUAAUCGAGGGCAUGUAUAUUAGGCAUAAUGCCUUACAUGCCUAUAAGGCAUAAUCGAGCUGUGCUCUUUAAUAAAAAGCUCACUGAUUUAAUCAUUUUGAUUCAUAUGUGAUGAUGUCUGAGUGGGUGAGUUGUUUGCUUUGUAAUUAGUCCAAUUAGUCCAUUUUCUGCAGUACGACCCACUCAGGCUUUGUGCAAUGAUUGCGAGUGUAAGAAGGGGCGAGAUCACAAUGAAAAGGUGAUAAGCCAAUCACAGAGUGAUCGAGGCAUCCUCCUGUCAUGUGACUUUCACCUGUAUAUAAAUGUAUAUAAACGCUAACAAACGUCUUCCAUCAUGUGCAAUACAUAAACACCUCAAAAAUAUGUUUUAGUAUUUUCUGGAAGGAAUAGUUCAUCCAAAGCUAUAUAUUAGCAUUUUUUUACCUUAUUUGUGUAUUAUAAGCAAAUGCAUUUACGUUACACUUUAUGAGCUCUCUGUGUAAUAUGUGACCCUGGAGCACAAAAGCAUGCAGUCAUAAAAAGCUCAGAUGUAUCUGUAGCAACAGCCAACAAUAAUAAAACUCAUUUUUAAUUAGUUAUAGGCCUAUGCAUUGCUAAGGACCUCAUUUCAACAACCUUAAAUGCGUUUUUUGCACCCUCAGAUUCUAGAUGUUCGAAUAGUCAGCCAAAUAUGGUUCUACCCUACCAAACUAUAAAUCAAUGAAAACUUUUCAUCUUUCAGAUGAUGCAUAAAUGCAUAAAAACGACCCUUGCGAUUGCAUUUAUGCUCCAGCGUCACAUCUGGGGUUUUCUUUCUCUGUGCCAAACUAAUUAUUUAAUAUAUGAUUUAAUUUAUAAUUAUAGCUAUUGUUCUGCUAAGCUUCUGCUUCUGAAAUGAACACAUCGUUUAGAUUUUGAUGAAUUAAGAUGUAAUUGUACACAGUACCAGUCAAAUAUUGGAAG